AUGGCGUCGCAGGCCUUCCGAGACUCCCUAUACGGAGAUAUGCCUCUUGAAUCCUCUCGAUCGGAGAUUCGUCUUCUGGAACUUCUUCCAUGCAAGGACGACAGUAAACCCAUUGAAUGUUGUCUUAUCAGAACUACUCUUCCGGCUGGACCACCGUUCAGAGCACUAUCCUACGUUUGGGGUGACCCAGGUUCGACGGAAUACAUCAUGGUCAAUGGCAUCCCUGUUCCUGUCACAAUCAACCUUGCUUCGGCUCUGAGACACGUGCGAUGUCUCUUACAAUCGAGUGACGGAGAGUCUGAUAAAGGCAACUUCCUUUGGGCUGAUGCGUUGUGCAUCAACCAGGAAGAUUUGGGCGAGAAGAGUCAUCAGGUUGCACUGAUGGGCGAAAUCUAUGGAGCAGCAGAGCAGGUCGUCGCCUGGCUAGGGGAAGAAGACAACGACAUUCGGUUAGCAGUUCGAACCAUCGAAGAAAUAGGAGCUGCGAUGCCCCGAGACUUCUGUCUUGGCCAAGUACCUAGCAUGGCCUGGCUCGAUGCCCUUUCCCAUGUCUGGUCACGCGAGGAGUGCGUGGCCCACGGAUCGUUCAACCGGCCUUUGGAAGCUCUCGAGAAGUUUAUGAGAAGGUCCUACUGGUCCAGGAGCUGGAUAGUCCAAGAGAUUGUGUUAGCUAGAAGGGAUCCUGUCUUCAUGAUCGGCUGGACAGUUCUUCCGUACGUUGCUUUGGAGAAGCUCAUGUUCCUGUGGGAUGGGAUACUGGAAUCGUCGGCCAUACCAUACGAGUCACGCUUGGCAAUCCUGGGCGCUUUGAGCCCCAAAGGAAGUUCACUAUCGGGUAUCUACUGGUUAAGAAACGUGGUAGAAAAAGAUUCAAGGGAAAUCGGCCGCAUCAGGUACAACUGGCCAAAAGGAAUACUCCAGAUGGCUGCAGACGGCAUGCUCGCAACCGAUCCGAGGGAUAAAGUAUUUGCAUUUGGUGGCCUAGGCUUGACUUCACUACCUCCCGAUUACACCGCUUCGGUCAGCCACGUCUACUCUGGAUUUGCCAAGGAAGCCAUAGAGGCGGGUUUGUCCUCACAAGUUUGGCAGUACUCUGGUGUUGGACUGGUCAGAACGGCAGCGGACUCUUCUUACUCUCUACCAUCAUGGAUUCCCGACCUUCCAUCAAUACCACAACACCAAGGCACCCUUCUUCCUCUAUUCUGCCAGGAAUUUGCCACCAACAAGGACUUGGUUGGAGGCCAAGUCGAUGUUGAUCAGAGUUUCCACUUGUCCUGCUCAGGGUACCCGGUGGAUUCUGUCUCCAAGGUAUUUCAACGCCUCAAUGACGCCCAAGAUUUUGUCAAAGGCAUACUCGAAGAAUUGAAAAGCACUUGGUCUCACCAGAGCCCAAAGUCUCCAGUGACGCCGGCUAGUGCACUUCUGAGGACACUUCUGAUCGACUGCGCGAACAUGACCAAGAGGACGCGACUCACGGAUGAUAAAAAGUCCUUUAUACAAUUUGCUAUCGAAUUUCUCCGCGUAUUUGCGCGGACACAUGGCAAUUUCGACGUUCAACGAGCGAUCACUCUUCCUAGGGAAAAUGAUAUGAGCCCUCUCACAUACUUCCACGAGCAAUUUUCCCUCGGGGAGCCCAUGGGGCCAAUGGAAGUCGUGCAAUGGCCAACCACAUAUCAAGAUAUCUGGCAUUGCGAGGUAGACCCCCAGGUUAGAGCUAGUCUUUCGUAUUCAUUCGCCCGAGUCCAGUCGCUGUUCCUGACCGCGGACGGAAGACUGGGAUCAGGACCAGCGCAUAUGCAGGUCGGCGACAAGAUUUUUGUGCUGCCGAUGUGCAAUGUCCCUCUGGUGCUGCGGGAGGUGGAUGGCCACUACUUGUUGGUUGGAGUCUGCUUCGUGCUUGGCCUGAUGGACGGCGAAGUUGCCCAAAUGGUGCGUGAAGAAGGGCUUGAGCCGGUCGUUAUCGAGAUGCGAUGA